CUUGGCUGGGGCUGCUCGGCCUCGUCCUCCGGCUGCUGCCUCCGCUGCUGCCUCCUCCUUCCCCAGCUCCUCCGGCCGGGGAGAGACCGCGGGGCCCGAGGGGCGGCGGCGGCGGCUGCGAUGGAGCCCGGGUCGGGCGGCCGAGGCGCAGCGCGCGGCCAGCGGCCCUCGAGCGCCGCGCAGCCCCGCGAGCAGGAGCGGAAGCUCGAGCAGGAGAAGCUGUCCGGGGUGGUGAAGAGCGUCCACCGGCGGCUCCGCAAGAAGUACCGCGAAGUGGGAGACUUUGAUAAGAUCUGGAGAGAACACUGUGAAGAUGCAGAAACACUUUGUGAAUAUGCUGUUGCAAUGAAAAAUUUGGCAGAUAAUCACUGGGCAAAAACUUGUGAGGGUGAAGGUCGCAUUGAAUGGUGUUGUAGUAUAUGCAGAGAGUAUUUCCAAAAUGGUGGGAAGAGAAAAGCACUUGAGAAAGACGAGAAAAGAGCUGUACUCGCCACUAAGACCACUCCAGCCUUAAACGUGCACGAGUCUUCUAAACUUGAAGGUCGUUUAACAAACCUCAGCUUUACAAGUCCUGAAUUUAUAACUGAGUUGCUUCAAGCCUCAGAAAAGAUCAGAUUACUUGAUGUUGGCAGCUGCUUUAAUCCAUUUUUGAAGUUUGAAGAAUUUCUAACUGUUGGGAUAGAUAUUGUACCUGCUGUAGAGAGUGUCUAUAAGUGUGACUUCCUGAACCUGCAGCUUCAGCAGCCACUCCAGCUUGCACAAGAUGCUAUAGAUGCUUUCCUGAAGCAGCUGAAAAAUCCUAUUGAUUCUCUUCCUGGAGAACUGUUUCAUGUGGUUGUUUUCUCUCUCCUCCUUUCCUAUUUUCCAUCACCCUACCAGCGAUGGAUUUGCUGCAAGAAAGCCCAUGAGCUGUUAGUGCUGAAUGGCUUAUUGCUCAUCAUCACCCCCGAUUCCUCCCAUCAGAACCGGCAUGCUAUGAUGAUGAAGAGCUGGAAGAUUGCUAUAGAAUCCCUGGGCUUUAAGCGCUUCAAGUAUUCAAAAUUUUCUCAUAUGCAUCUCAUGGCUUUUAGGAAAACCUCCCUUAAGACCACAAGUGACUUGGUUAGUAGGAACUAUCCAGGGAUGUUAUAUAUUCCUCAAGAUUUCAACAGUGUAGAAGAUGAGGAGUAUUCUAGCCCUUCCUGCUAUGUCCGAUCAGAUAUAGAAGAUGAACAAUUAGCAUACGGUUUCACAGAGCUCCCUGAUGCUCCUUAUGACUCAGAUUCUGGAGAAAGUCAAGCCAGCUCUAUUCCAUUCUAUGAGCUAGAGGAUCCCAUCUUACUUUUAAGUUAAUAUAAAGCAAAAGGCCCUUUCAUUCCAGACUCCUAAACUAAUUGCUUACACUAAUCAGAAUACUAACAUGAACUCAGUAUUUAAAGCCUGGUUUGCAUAGGAGAAAUGCAAACAUUUACAGAGUUCGCUAUUUUUUUCUACUUCUGUAUUUCAAAGUUUAUUCUUAUAUAGGAAGCUUAAAGUUUCAUGCAGAGUGACUUUGUCUUAGCAGAAACCACUGUUACUUUAGCAUUUUACAUUAAGAUUUAAAAAGGUACCUCUUUUCUCUUUAGUGCUAUGUGAAGUCUGAUUUACUAUGUAUUUUCCUUUCAGUGUAGUGUUGACUUUACACCAUUGUCAUGAGGAACCUUAAGAUGUGUAGAAAGCUGUAGAUUGCACUUUGAUGAGUCACAAGUUAAACAUUUCGCACAUAGGUUGGUUUAGUUGUUUGUGGUACACUUAUCUUUUUCUUUAAAUUGUUACCUAUUACAGAAGACGUUUUAUACUGUUUCAUCUAAAGAUGCAGUAUUCCUGAACUUUUUGAAAUUGAGGACAACUCUUAAUAUUAAGCUCAUUUGGAAACAUUAGACAUUGAAAGACAGAUUGCCCAAAGUGUAUUCUAAUUUCAUUAACAGUACAGCAAACACCAUUGCCAGAGUAAUAUUUGUAUGACUUUCUUACUGAUUUAGGCUUUGGUGUUCACCUGUGAAAGUUCGAUUUUAUUUUUAAAAUUUAGAGAACAUUUACAAAGUUUUCUGUUUAAGCAAGAAGUGGUGUAUAAUACUCAAUGCUGACUGAGACCACCUUUGUGAAAGGGUUUGCACUUAUAGAGUAUUCUAUUGAGACCAGCUGAUAGGGUCCUUACCUGUCCAUUAAGGCGGUGCUGCACUACAAGUUUGGGAUUACAUGAACGUUUUUGAAAUUAACCCUCUACUGAUAAAUCUCAUAGAAUGGUCUUGACCUUUUGGUAUCCUAAUUUCUUUCUAAGCCCAAGCAGAUAAUUUUCUGUGACUAUAUAAACAAUUAGUUGGCUGCGGGAAAUAUCCCUUUCUGUGUUUCUGAAUCAGAAGCAAAUGACUAACAAGAAAUAUAUGUCCAAACAAGACAAGUUUAAAUAGUUAAAACAUGGUCCACGUUGUCUUGUCAGCCAGCAAUUGUCAUGUAAACUAUCAUUUUUAAGAGUGCCACUGUGUGGAUUUUUUUCAAGUGGUUAUUACAUUAAAAUUACCUCAUACUGAGGUUUUUGCACUGAAAUAUAACAGUUUCAGAUUUCAUGGUUAAUGGUGUGUGUGAGUGUGUGUGUGCGCGCACGUGGGUGCGUAUGUGUAUUUUUAAAGGAAACUUGCAUUUUCAAUAAUUAAUCCUAAAUUUCAUAAACUGCACUUCUUUACUCUGAUAAACUGAUGUUUUUGUGCUUAUUGUGAAUUGUUAUAGUUAACUUUGAAUGUCAAAUUUUAUUUAGAAAUACAAAAACUUACCCUUUAAGAUAGGUUCAUUGUGUAUACCCAAUAUUUCAAGUUCAGUUUCACAUGCUAAAUUAAUGAAAGUAAUAUGAUUAUAACUAAUUUUAGAAAAGUUGGUUGUGUAAAUGCAAUAAACAUUGGUUGUUCAAAUAUGCCAUAAAUAACUUGAAAUUUUUCAUUUACUUUCAAUAGCAUACAGUUCCAUAAUUAUUAAAGUUGAUAUUUCUUUUCAUUUAGGCACUACAGGAUAAUGUCUUACAGCUUCCUCUAAAGAAAAGACAAAGAUUGAAAAGGCACUAUUUUCAGGAUAAAACAAAACUAUGUUUUGAUAGCAUCCCUCUUACCUAUUUGUUUUAUUUACUAGUUACAAUUCUAAGAGCAAAGAAAAAUACACCAAAUGAAAUUGCUUUGAAAGUAAAUAAAACAGUGCUUUGGAAGGUUGAUCUAGGUAUGACCUUUGAGACAGCUUUUGUGUUACAGCAAAAAUGUUGGUGCUAUAAAUUUUCUUGAUUGUUUACUGAUGUUGAGUCUGCUUUUUCCCAAGGUGUGCAUGAUGUAUUUUAAGUAGUACUUAAAGAUAUCUCUUUAUAAGAACUACUACCACUUAGUAUAAAUAUGUUUGAUUUUAUAUCAUUUGUUACUGUAAACUUAGCUUAUUCAAAUUUGAACUUACACCAAUACAUAUUCCACAAGGCCAGUUCAGGGUGUAAGUGCUGAAAUAUGAGCAGUCACUGGUUGGUGCCAGAUUAUAUAAGUAAUGACCAGUGAAGUUGAUAGGUCCUUUCAAUAUUAUAUGGGUACGCUAAAAAUGGUUUCAUUUGGGAAUAAAUCAUUUAAGGACCUUCCUCUUACAUUCACAGCAAUUUCUCAAAAAUAAUUCAGUAUUUCAAAAACAUGACUGUCGUGUUGUUGGUUGGGCUCAUCGGGAUUGUGAACAGAUUAUGUGGUUUUAUCAUAGUUGCAAAGUGGUUGGAGGUAGUAUACCUGAAAAUGUACGUCUGUGUUUGUUGUAUUUUCUCACAUUUUGUGAACAAAGCACAUUUAUUAAAAAAUUUAAAUUUUCUAA